GCGGGAUCAACAUAUUUUGGAAGAACAAUUUAGUUGAUUCGCAAUCCUCAGUUAAUUUUUCAAGUUUUUAUUAGAAUCCUCUGUAACUGCUAUGAAAUGUACACCAAUGAAAUUACUCAAUAGGUCUGAAUAUUUUGAAUGGAAACCAGAUGAUCAAAAAUGUUACGAACCAAUUUAUUUCUCCAAAGAAAGUGACGGAUAUUCCUACUCAACCAUGAAAAACUUGUCGCACGACCAGAAAAAAUCACAGAUUGUAUCUGUGAAAAAUCUUGAACUUCCUGAAAACUUCCAAACCUAUAAUCUGGGAUUAUCCUUGGAGAAGUGGUCGAAAAAAAGACCCAGGUUGAAAUCAGGGCAUAAAGAACGAAACAUGGGUUAUCAUCAUUUUGAAGAACAUGACGAAAACGAAUGUGAUAUAACAGACAUUCUCGAUAACCUAGAAGACAAUAAGGAGACUUCGAAAGCAGAAACAUCUGAUUACGAACUGAAUUCAGAUAUUGAGGAGUUAUGGCAAAGAUCCCAAGGAAGUUACGGAGAUGAAACGACUUCCCAACACAAAAGUUCGAGAACCAGAGAAAAAGCUGCAUCCAAGUUGAAAAAAACUAUAAGGUUCUCGUUUUCGAAACCAGCCAGUCCGCAAACUGAACAGGUGAUAAGAGUUGACGUUUCUUCCAAUAUUUCUCUGGAAGAGCUGAAGCUGAUGAAUAUGGACAAAGAAACUUGUGGUAGGAGCCACAGCCAGUGUAAGAAAGAAGCCGAGCAAAAUUUCAGAAGAGAUGAUAAAACAUAUGAAACCGAGGAACAAGAUUUUGUAAUUCGUUGCAGUCAUUUGGCUUUGUCAUCAAAGAAGCUAUCACUUAAUUGAAAUCUUGACAUUAUGUCUUUUUGAAAUACCUUUUAACGUGUUAUCAGAAACUUCAUCUAUGAACAAAAUAUAAU